UCAUCUCUCUGAGCGUCUCCAAGCGGUUUGCGUAGAUCCACGUGCCUGUGCUUUGUUCUCAGUCGUGACUCGCAGCCCCGGCCGCUGCCACAGUGCCAGCAAGCCAACUGGAGCCGACGACGGUCGGUCUGUAGUGCUAAUGGAUUUGAAACACGAUCAGCACAUGCGAGCAAAGGGACAGAGGGUAUGCCCCCAGAUAUCUGAACAACGAAACUUCGGAUUGCCAAGUAUUGCCAAGUGGAUUCUCGCAAGAAGAAGAAGAACACACAGGUGCGUAUUGUUUUGUAAAGGCUUGAAGCUAGUUGCGGCAGCUUGUCGAUGGACUAACGGCAUAAUGGCACUUCAUGCAGAUUCUCCGCCGCAGUAGUCUCUGGUCCUGACCGCUAACUGAGCAGCUUUGUGAACAAAUACUGGCAAAUUUGCCAAAAGACUUCACUGAAACACACUGCGACUGAGAGAAUUUGAGCUUCCGUUUGCUGCUCUGGAUCUGACCUGAUGGUACACGGAUACUCGGCGGUAGCUGAUGCAGUGAAGAGCGAGGAGUAAUUAAUAUUUAGGGAGCAGAAUACCAGUGUCGCAUUCAAGAUGUCUGUGCUCUUUGGAGCAUGCAUGCGUGGAGACGCAAGAGAUAUGGUGCCUGUGCCAGGGAUGAUGAAGACAAGACGACAUGGUGGCAGUACGGACUGGCCAGUGGUCUGGUCGCCCAGGUCAUCUCUAUCAGACGAGUCUGGAAUUGAAAUGGAAGAUGGAGGAUCAGCCGGGGCCGCGGCGGUGGGCAGCACAUUGGAUAGACAAGUUGCGGCAGCCAGGCUGCAGGCAGUAUCGCAGUGGAUAGGCCACUCUGCUCAUGGCACUCAGCAGUGGAUAGGCCACUCUGCUCAAGGCACUGAGCAGUCAGUUGCAGCAGAAAUACACCUUCAACAACCUCUGGGUUGUUCGGGGACUCAUGGUGACUACAGAUCCCCUACACGUGACGCAGAAUGCAGAGCACACACCAGUGUGAGUGUGGACGCUAGCCCAGCAAUUGUCAGGAAUACGGACAUGAGUCUACGGCCUCAGCACCAGUAUAAGGCAUCCAUAUCUGAAAGCAGUGGCACUUCUGAAGACUCAUGUGUGAGGUCGUGUCCAAGCAAUGAAGAUAUAAGGCUAGAUGACUCUCAGUCUCUCAGUCCGGAUGGGAGCCGAGCAAGUCUGCUGGAUCAACGGCCAACACCAAUCUUGCCAGGCAAGAAGCAAUCACCGAACAGCAUCAUCAGCGCAGCUUCUCACUCUAUGCUGAAUGAGCAGCUGUCGCCAUGUGACAUGCCUCACCGGCAGUAUAAUCAUACCGUUGUGAAGGACUUCAGCGCCGGCGGUGGCAGUGGCAGUGAGAAGGGCAUGACAGUGAACACAAUCGAUGUCCUCAAGGGUGAGCUGGUCAAUGUGGUCCACAUCGACAAUGGCUGGGCAUAUGUGAUCACAAUGGAUCAUUACUGUGGCUAUGUGCCAGCCAGUUACCUAGCUAAGUGUACACCAGCAGCGGCAGUGCUGCCAGUCAGUGGCGCCCAGAAUGGCCACAGCAGCGGCAGUGGUGCCGAUGGCAGUGCAACGCCCACAGCCCAGGACAGUACACAGUGUCAACACCGCCAUCGGUUACAACUAGUAAGGACUGGUGGCAGUAGCACCCACACACCUGAACACCGCACUGCUGCCCAAACCCCUACUAAUGUUAGCAACAGGGCCGUGCAGAAUGACAUUGUGCUGGCUGGGCCAGGUGGUAAUCAAGUCCACGCAAGGAUGACAUCGCCAACUCAAUCACAGGUCUCUUCAGCAACAGUGAAAGCGCAGGAGCCGAACACCACCACAGCUUCAACUGGCCAGCGUAAUGAUGAUGAUGAUGAUGAUAAUGAGGUACAGAACGUGGAUGAUCCCGACGGUUUCUGGUCAUCCAACCCGAACGCCAACCAAGGGACAUUACGAAAGUACAUGAGACGACGGCGACGAACUCGAAGCACUGAAUUGAAUAAUCAGUCAAGAAACAAGGCCCAGACGAUGGUGAAUGUACCAUCAGAAACUCUGCAGAGACCAACGGCAAACCAGAAUUCGCAUCAGCAUAGAGGGAACAAUUCCUUUUCCCACUGUGCAAAGGAUACGGCUAGCAACCAGGAAAAUAGAACGGCUCCACUGGCACACACAGGCCCGGCUCCAUUGUCUCACAAGGACACCAUCCAGCUGCAAGCUCCGGCAGCGGCAGCAACUGACUUCUGGUAUGCUGACGGCCAGAUGCUGUCUACUCCGAUGGAGCCAUUCCAAACCUGCCGAGGUGAAGAAGUGGUGUGCCUUUACGACUUUGUUGCCAUGGAUGAGAAUGACCUUUCCAUGGUAGCUGGUGAGCAACUGGUUAUUCUGAAUCAGACUGACAGUGACUGGAUGUGGGUGAGCAACGCUCGCAAUCAACAAGGAUUUGUGCCCGCCGCUUAUGUUCAACACGUGGCAGAGGAUUCAAGAGCUUUCACAACCACGGGUGAUGAACAGCGAAUGGAGCCUCCAUGUUUAUCUCCUGCGAGUCAACACGGCGGCGGCGGCGGACACGACACAGGAGGCUAUUUAGUUUGAGCCAAGCACUAAGAUUAGAUUGUCAUCUUGUUGAUCGACUAACUGUUACUUCAAAGAACAAUUUGAAUACCACCACUGACUUUUGAAUACCACCACUGACUCAUGAAUACCACCACUGACUCAUGAAUACCACCACUGACUACCACCACUGACAUGCCAUUGAAACUCAUAACACAGGGCCUGAACUAACAUUAGUACUAUCAUCAAGGAAUUAUCAUAUCUUCCAUUCCCAGUAAUCCAACAUAGAUCAGCCCCCCCCCCCCCCCCCCCAAACACACACACCGUCUAUCUCCAUGAAGCCCUGCCGGUAUGGCUGCAAUGUGCGGACAUAUGAUCAGGGGCACUCACUGUAGCGGAUUCCCACUGACUUUGAUUGUGAAUUAUGUCAUAUUGACCGUGAUGAUACAGCUUAGUCUAAGCUGCAGUUAUGGUACUACAUAUUCGGAAUACUAUCAAGUAGCUGUUACGACUGAUCUACAUGUCAGUGUGGCUCGCUUUGUCAGAAUCAUUGAAAACAGGUAAAAAUUCUUCAC